AUGGAUCAUCAUGUUUCCACCAUCAGACCUCGAAGAAUCCAAAACCAAAAUGUCAUUCACCGCCUGGAACGCCGGCGGAUCAGCUCGGGCAAGGCAGGUACCCACUGGCACCAAGUCCGGGUGUUCCACCAGAACGUCUUCCCCAACUUCACUGUCGUCAACGUGGAGAAGCCGCCUUGCUUCCUGCGUAAGUUCUCCCCCGACGGACGCUACUUCAUCGCUUUCUCUUCCGACCAGACGUCUCUGGAAAUCUACGAGUACCAGGGCUGCCAGGCCGCCGAGGACCUCCUGCAGGGCUACGAGGGGGAGAUCCUGGCCAACGGCAACGACCAGCGGUCAGUCAACAUCCGCGGCCGGCUCUUCGAGCGCUUCUUUGUCUUGCUGCACAUCACCAACGUGGCAGCCAACGGCGAGCACCUGAACCGGGAGUGCAGCCUCUUCACGGACGACUGCCGCUGCGUCAUCGUGGGCUCAGCGGCCUACCUGCCGGACGAGCCUCACCCGCCCUUCUACGAGGUGUAUCGGAACAGCGAGUCCGUGACCCCCAACCCCCGGUCCCCGCUAGAGGACUACUCCCUCCACAUCGUUGACCUCCACACCGGCCGCCUGUGUGACACGCGCACCUUCAAGUGCGACAAGGUGGUCCUGUCGCACAACCAGGGGCUGUACCUGUAUAAGAACAUCCUGGCCAUCCUGUCGGUGCAGCAGCAGACCAUCCACGUCUUCCAGGUGACCCCCGAGGGCACCUUCAUCGACGUGAGGACCAUUGGCCGCUUCUGCUACGAGGAUGACCUGCUCACCGUGUCGGCCGUGUUCCCCGAGGUGCAGCGGGACAGCCAGACAGGCAUGGCCAACCCUUUCAGGGACCCCUUCAUCAACUCCCUGAAGCACCGGCUGCUGGUGUACCUGUGGCGCCGGGCAGAGCAGGAUGGAAGUGCCAUGGCCAAGAGGCGCUUCUUUCAGUAUUUUGACCAGCUGCGGCAGCUGCGCAUGUGGAAGAUGCAGCUUCUGGAUGAAAACCACCUGUUUAUCAAGUACACCAGUGAGGACGUGGUGACCCUGCGAGUCACAGAUCCGUCGCAGGCAUCUUUCUUUGUGGUGUACAACAUGGUGACAACAGAGGUGAUCGCUGUGUUUGAGAACACGUCAGAUGAGCUUUUGGAGCUCUUCGAGAACUUCUGUGAUCUCUUCCGGAACGCUACCCUGCAUAGUGAAGUCCAGUUUCCCUGCUCAGCUUCCAGUAACAAUUUUGCACGGCAGAUCCAGCGCCGGUUUAAAGACACUAUCGUCAACGCCAAGUACGGAGGACACACGGAGGCCGUUCGCCGGCUGCUGGGCCAACUCCCCAUCAGCGCCCAGUCCUACAGUGGCAGCCCUUACCUUGACCUGUCUCUCUUUAGCUACGACGACAAGUGGGUGUCAGUCAUGGAGCGGCCCAAGACUUGCGGAGAUCACCCUAUCAGGUUCUACGCCCGGGACUCUGGUCUGCUGAAGUUUGAGAUUCAGGCGGGCUUACUGGGCCGCCCCAUCAACCACACGGUGCGACGCCUCGUUGCCUUCACCUUCCACCCUUUUGAGCCUUUUGCCAUCUCUGUGCAGAGGACUAAUGCCGAGUAUGUCGUCAACUUCCACAUGAGGCACUGCUGCACGUAG